CCACGUGAGGAAGAGGAAAUUGGCUCUCUGAUCUGUCUCAAAUCUCAUGAAACUCGUGCCUUUCAUCUCUCUUCUUCCUUUCUUUUUUAUAGCUGCUCCUUCCCCUCUCUUUCGUCGUCGUCGUCUCCAGCAUUCCCUCCUUAAUCCGAAAGAUUCUUUCUCCGGGGAUACCUCCAUCAUGUCGAGAACGACCGUCGAGCUCGAUUUCUUUGGUAUGGAGAAGGAGAGUUCGUCUUCCUCUUCCUCCUCCUCCAAAUCUCAGUUCCAGAAGUUUCUUGAUCGCCAGAGAAGCUUUCGAGGAAUGCAGAGUGCCAUUUCCAUGAUCAACCCUGAGGUUCUGAAAUCUGUGAUUGCCUCCGCUGCGAACCUGGGCUCCGAAUCCAGCAAUGCGAUUCCUUCGAAGAACUCGGUUUCGGUGCCGGCGAGUCCGGUUUUGCCUGUCUAUACUCCUCCUAUCGUCAGGCCUAGUUCAGAGAACCUUCCGGAUACCGCCCCUCUAACCAUUUUUUACAACGGAACCGUCUCGGUUUUCGAUGUUCCUCAAGAGAAGGCGGAGAACAUUUUGAAGCUUGCUGUGGAAGGGACAUUGGACCCAAAAGUUGCAGUUCCUUCAAGCGACCAACAACAGCUACUUGAUGCACUUGGCGGUGGCAUUGCAGAUCUGCCAAUCGCACGAAGAAAGUCACUGCAGAGAUUCUUGGAGAAGCGCAAAGAGAGGUUGACUUGCGUCUCCCCUUAUGCAUGCUACACCUAAUUACGCGUUUGUGCGCUUGAACAAGUCAUCCAUGGAGGAGUCAUGAUUCCUAGAACCUAACUAGAAAGGUGCCAAAGAUAGCAAGAAAGGACGCCAAUAUAUUAUUUUACAUAAUAAAAGUUGUGUAAUAUCUUUCUUUUUUUUUUUUUUUUCAAGGAUUCUAAAGCAUGCAGCCUCUUCAAAGUAGCUUUUUUCCUCUUUUUUCUCUACAGAAAAGAGGUACAAAAUAUAAUAGCUUGUUAGGUACGGCGAAGAUGGUUCACGUUUUAGUAAUGUGCUGUAAUAUUUGUGUGUCUAUUAGUACUUCUAUUAUUCUAUUCAAUUCCAUGUCUCCAGCUUCCUCUA